CGAUUCCUUCCUAUUCUCCUAUCCCCACAAUGAAAUUCUGUUAAAAAAAAAAAGAAAAAAAAAUGAAAACACUUCCUUUUAUUUAUCUUCUGGAAAACUUGUUUAAGAAGUUUGAAAUUCAAACAACAGAAUCACAGUCAUACUAGUUUCAUUUCAUAUACUAAAAAAAAAGUAAAGGUUAGUGGCCAUGGAGGAGGCUAGAAAGGAACUGGGUGUUGAUCAAAAGAAGGAAGAAGAGAAAUGGGUAACCCACUAUUCAUCCAAGCAUAAAAUUCUCUUUGUGGGCGAAGGAGAUUUCUCUUUUUCUUUGAGUUUGGCCAUUGCUUUUGGCUCUGGCUCCAACAUUUGUGCUACUUCUCUCGACUCAGAAGAUGAUGUCAUCAACAAGUACAAGAAUGCCAAGUCGAAUUUGGAAAAUUUGAAGAAGCGAGGCGCAACCAUUUUACACGGAGUUGAUGCAACCAAAAUGAAGAAUCAUGAUGACUUAAAAAAGCGCAGGAAACAUAGGACUCUUGUGAGUGGAUUCUUCAGCAAUGCAAGCAAAAUGCUUCAAGUCAAUGGUGAAAUUCAUGUGAACCAUAAAAUCACACACCCUUUUUGUUGUUGGAAUCUCGAGGAAUUGGCUUCUGCAAAUUUUCUGGACCUGAUUGAGAGCGUUGAGUUCAAAAUAGGAGAUUACCGUGGUUAUAACAAUAAGAGAGGGUCUGGUUCAAAAUGUGAUGAACCCUUCCCUUUGGAUUUGUGCAAUACCUACAAAUUCAGAUUUUUGAAUAGAGCUAAAAACAUAUCUCGGCAAUUGCACUACUCCCCAGCCCAAAUGCAGCUGCAGCCAAACACAUCUGCUUUCAAUUAUAGUUAUAGAAAACACAUUGCAGCUGUGAAUCCCUUUCCACUCCAACCGCAAUUGCCUUAUAUAGUGGAUGCCAUGAAUGAUUGCUCUUGGAAUUUUAACACAUGCUCAAAUGCUGCAUUUGGAAGAGAUAUCAAUAAUCCAAGACAAGUAGAGCUGCCGUGCACAAUAUCUAAUUUGAGUUCGUCACCAAGAAGUCACAUUCGACGUCAUGGGGGGCUAUUUUCUACAAAUAAUGCUGAACCUGGAAGCCAUAUCAAUUAUCCAAUCCAAGCGGGGUUGCUGCCUAGAUAUCACACUACCAAUGUGAGCCACAUUCAACCUCGUUUGGAGUUGACUUCUACCAUCUGUGCUGGAAGAGAUAUCGAAUAUCGAAGCCAAGCAGGGCUGCAGCAUACUUUUCCUGAUUUCAGUUGGCUACAUCGAGAUUGCAUUGCUGACAUGAAUCACAUACGGCUGCAGCAUACUUUUCCUGAUUUCAGUUGGCUACAUCGAGAUUGCAUUACUUACAUGAAUCACAUACAACCUCAUGUGGGGGUAGCAAUUUCCCCCGAUCCCCGCGGGGUCCCGCGGGGAUCUCCAUCACGGGGACGGAGCGGGGAGGAAUAUUCUUUCCCGCGGGGUGAGGAUGGGGGGCAAUUUAAUUUCACGGGGAAUUUUCCCCUUCCCGUGGGGCUCCGCGGGGAUCCCCAUCCCCGCGAAAAAUAAAAAAAAAUUUAAUUUAAUUU